UUAAUCGUGUCAUCGAAUUUCAAAGGUAACAGAAUUAUCCCAAAAACUUGGGCAAAUGGAAUUAAUUUUGGGCAAAACAAAGUUGAGAACCAAUGACACAUACCCUUGAUCUAUGGUAUUCUUUGGGCAACGUCUUUUUUUGCUGUCUCGGCGUUUUUACAAAAGUACCUACUUCACUGUUCGAUAAACUAUAUUGUUGUUACAUUAAAAUUGACAAGGUUACGCCGACUGCAGUGGCGAUAUGACGUCUGUUUAGGAAUAAAUAAAUAAACACUUUACUUAUAAAAUAAAGUUUAGUAAUAAAACUAUGAAACAAAUCAGUGCUAAAUGCUAAUAUUUCUGAACUGAAUAUUUAGGCAGGACAGUGAAUGAAAUGUUUGUUUUUUUUUUAAAUAAGUGAUAAUUUCUAAACUUUGAUUUUAAUUAAAAAGUGAAUGUUAAUAAUAUUCUAGUACCUACGUGAGAUUUUUUUUAAAUAUUUCAAUCGAAUCAAUUAAUCGAUUUUAGUUGUUCUAUUUUCAAAUUGUGUUGGAAAAUAAUGUGUGAAUGCAAAUUUAUUUGACAUGAAAAAAAUGUAACAAUUGUUUAAAAAAAGUAACAAUUUAUAUAUUUUUUUAAACAGUAUUUUUUUUUUAAUAACAAAAACAAUGGAAUCAUGCAGCUACAAGGAGGUGAAAAGUGUCGACUUCGUGCAAAAAGAAAACGAAUCGAUAAAAUCCGUUCUGAAGCAGAUCUUCAUAAGCAGUGCAGUAUGGGCGCAGUUCUUCAUGGGCGGGAUGUGCGUGGGCGCGCCCACGGUGUUCAUACCGCAGAUACGGAAGGAGGCCAACUCUACUGUCAUCGAUGAGGAGAUGGGCUCUUGGCUGUUUUCAACCAGCGGCUUCGCGAUGUACCCUUGGCUGAUAGUCCUGCCAUUGUUCACCAAACGCUAUGGAAGGAAGCUACCACAGAUCAUCACAGCUCUAGCGUCUAUGGUCAUAUUCAUCAUACUCUACUACAGCCAGAAUGUCAUCCAGAUCCUCAUAUCCGAAGUCCUUCAAGGAUUCCUUUACGCUGGGAAUGUGACAGUCAGGAUCCUGAUUGUAACAGAUUAUACGUCACCUAAAUAUCGAGGCAUUUUCUUGGCAAUCAAAUCAGCUAGCUUCUUCUGGGGUAUAUGGGUUGCCAAUGCGAUUGGCACUUUUUUCUAUUGGAAGAACAUUGCAAUACUUGGUUUUAUAUGUGCUGCCUAUACCUUGAAUGUUUUACUAUGGCCAGAGUCUCCGUAUUGGUUGGCAAGUAAAGGUCGUUUUGAGGAAUGCAGGAAAUCUUUCAGAUGGAUUCAUGGUAUUAAUGUCACAUCAGAGAAAGAGUUGAAAGAGUUAAUAAAAGUGCAAACAGAGAGAAUUAGAGUUGAGAAUGAGUAUGGGAAAAUUGGUUUUGUAGAUAUGGUUAGGAGUAGCGAGUUUUAUAAGCCUUUGUCGUUGUCAGCAGUCGCUAUAAUACAGUAUCAUUUUUCGGGUAAAGUUGUGUGUAGUUUGUACAUUUUGGAUAUUUUUAAGAAUAUCACAGCAGAUGAGUGGUCAGCGUAUAUGGCCAUGUUGAUUUUGGAUGGCGUAACAGUUUUUGGGAUGUACGUUGGUUCGUUUUUGUCUAGAAUAUUGAAACGGAGGACGUUGUACAUGACUUGUUCCUUCACAGGGAUAACAUUUCUGUUUACAAUAUCCUUGUAUCUGUUUUUGGUUAGAUUAAGCAUUUUAGGGGAGAACCAUUUUGUUACAAUUGCAUUACUGUGUCUUUAUUCUAUUUCUAUUAGUUGUGGACCUUUAAUUUUAUCUAUUUCGUUGUAUGGCGAGUUAAUACCGCAGAAGUUUCAAGCUAUAUCCUAUAUGUUAGUGUCUUUAACGUUCGGUAUUUUCUAUUCUGUUUUAAUUAAAGUGUCUCCAAGUAUUUUUAGGACAUUUGGUAUAGAUGGCACGUUUUUGUUUUAUGCUAUAACAUGUGGGUUAUGUACUUUGUAUUUGUUCCUGUAUUUGCCUGAAACUAAGAACAAAACGCAGCAAGAAAUCGAGGCAUAUUUCAAAAGUAAGGAUGAAGUUCAGAACGACAACACCUCUGUUGUAUUGCUUCCGAAUAAGGUGUGAUUUUUUGCUGUAGUAUUUGUUUUUUAGGGUUCCGUAGUUCAUAAGGAAACCCUUAUAGUUUCGCUAUGUCCGUCUGUCCGUCCGUCCGCGGACUAUAACUAUUAGAAAGCUGUAAUUAAGCAUGAGUAUGAACAUUAAAAAUGUGAACAAAGUCGUAAAAUUAAAUCUUGUAAAAUAUUUUUUUAGGGUACCUCCUCUUAUGUAAAGUGGGGAUAAAUUUAUUUUACUCGUUUAUCUCAUAGUGUGGGAUAUAGUUAGUUAAGGUAUAAAGAUAUAAGGGGUUUUUAGCACUAUUUUUCGAUUUACGGUACCGUUUGUAAAAUAUUAAGGUUUUAAGAGCUAUUUUUUGUUAGAUUCAAGUGUCCCGUCUCCCCCUCUACCAGCUAACGGUUUGUUUACGGAUAAUAGGAUAUAUAUAAUGCGAUUUUAUGAAAAACUAUAACAACUAGGUAGUAAUUGCUAUUUAAAGAUAAUCGAUUAACAAAAAUUGCAUAUUAAUUCCGUUGUUAAUUAAAUAGAUUUUUUUUUUAUUUUUAUUCUUUACAAGUUAGCCCUUGACUACAAUCUCACCUGAUGGUAAGUGAUGAUGCAGUCUAAGAUGGAAGCGGGCUAACUUGUUAGGAGGAGGAUGAAAAUCCACACCCCUUUCGGUUUCUACACGGCAUCGUACCGGAACGCUAAAUCGCUUGGUGGUACGUCUUUGCCGGUAGGGUGGUAACUAGCCACGGCCGAAGCCUCCCACCAGCCAGACCUGGACAAAUUAAGAAAAUCUCAAUCUGCCCAGCCGGGGAUCGAACCCAGGACCUCCGUUUUAUAAAUCCACCGCGCAUACCACUGCGCCAAAAUAAUAAUGUUGUAAGUAAGUUAUCUCAGACUCUAUUAAAACUAAAAAGCUAAAAUUUGGCAUGGUUAUAUAUUAAUUAAUUAAGUCUUUAUAAUGGCAUAAAGAAAGUAUGAAAAAAGCCUUUUGGGGUUCCUUCCCUACAUGUUAUGUGAGGCGAGUUUUUCCUUUUUCCAUAGUGUGUAAUAGUGAUAG